AUGGGACCAGCCAAUAAAUCUCAAACAUCUCCUGUCACCUUCUUGCUGAUGGGCAUCCCAGGACUAGAGCACCUGCAUGUCUGGAUUGGGAUUCCCUUCUGCUCCUUGUACAUAGUGGCUGUGGUGGGGAAUGUGACCAUCCUGGCUGUGGUGAGGGCAGAGAGAAGCCUCCAUGAGCCUAUGUUCUUCUUUCUGUGCAUGCUGUCAGUCACUGACCUGGUCCUCUCCACAUCUACACUGCCCCGCAUGCUCUGCCUCUUCUGGCUUGGAGCCCAUGACAUCGCCUUUGAUGCCUGCUUGACUCAAAUGUUCUUCAUCCACAGCUUUACUGCAAUGGAAUCGGGCUUCUUUUUGGCCAUGGCCAUUGACCGUUAUGUGGCCAUUUGUCAUCCACUGCGCCACAGCACCAUUCUCACCCACAUUCACAUCGCUGUCAUGGGGAUCACUGUGGUGAUUCGGGGCAUAGCCUUCUUUUCCCCACAUCCCAUUCUGCUCAAACAGCUCCCCUACUGCAGGUCUCGAAUCAUUGCCCACACCUACUGUGAGUUUAUGGCUGUGGUGAAGCUGGCGUGUGUGGACACAGGAGCCACCAAGCGUUACAGNAAAUUACUUGAUUAA